AGCUGUUCUCAGGGGCACUUAUAGAUGUGGCCAAACACCUGGGAAACUUGAAUUUCAGAGUCUGGGAGAAGAUGCUGGAGAUGGUGCAGUACAGUGAGUAGCCUACUGGGGGAGAGGUGUAGAAAUGGUCACCGUAGAAUUAUAAAUAAUAUGGAAAUUCCAAAUGUCCCAAUUCUUGCUCAUAUGUUGGCAAACACUAUAUGCAAAGAGUGGUCUUUUAUGCUCAUGAUAUCUAUAUAACGUCACAGAAUUCAACAUUUUAUUGAUAAGCUUGUUUAGAGUUAGAGUAUCAUUUACCUUUUAUUAGUUUUUCUUAUUUCACUAAGGAAUAUGACACUGAUCUAACAUGUCUUAUGUUUUUGUUAUAUUUUUAUUUUUUCUGUUAUAAUGCAGUAAUGCAUCAAAAUAAUUUGAUGAUUUCAAUUUCAUUCAGAUUUGUAAUUUAAACCUUGUCUAUUUAUGCUUCUUUCUAUAAUAAUAUAUGAAGAAUCUGAAUCUAAAUGGUUAAUGUCUUCCCUUCUGUCUUCCAUCUUUAUUGUUUAGCCCCUGUGAUUCUGGAUCCCAACACUAUGUGCCCCUGGGACUGUCUGUCAGAUGAUCUGACUUGUGUGAGGCUCUCUGAAGUUAAACAGCAGAUUCCUGACAAUCCAGAGAGGUUUUCCUGCACUGUAGUAGUAUUGGGCUCAGAGGGUUUUACUUCAGGGAAAUACAGCUGGGAGGUGGAGGUGCGGAACAAAUCUGCCUGGACUAUAGGAGUAGUGCAAGAGUCAAUCAACAGAAAGGGGGCCAUUUCAUGCAACCCAAGGAGUGGAUUCUGGGUCCUAGGGCUGAGGAACGGUGAUUACAUUGCAGCUGGUGCUGCUAACCUCAAACUGAAGAGGAAGCCCCAGAGGAUCAGAGUGCAGCUGGACUAUGACAGGGGGGAGGUGUCCUUCUUUGACUCCAGUGACAUGUCACAUAUUUACACUUUUAAAGGCAAAUUCACCAAAAAGAUAUUCCCAUAUAUCAAUCCCUACCAAAAUGAUGAUGGCAGAAAUGCUGGGGCCCUGCAGAUCUGUCCAUUGUCUUUAAGAGUGAUGAAAUCCCAUCGAGUCUGUCAUUAAUAAUGAUGCCAUCUCAGUGAGCGUAUCAUUAAUAGUGAUGUCAUCCCAGUGAGUGUAUAAUUAUUAUGAAGGUGCCUGUAACUGAUGUGACCUAUACUAUUAAAACUGUUGAAGUGGAUUGGAUGAGGCUUUGUAGUCAACAUUUGUUCAUCUAUUAGUCUUCUGUCACACUUGCUGGGACCUCUAUAUGUAAUAUACAGCACCGGCUCUCCAUAGUUUCCUUGCAUGUUGCUAUUGCAGUGUUUGCAGUUCCAUAGUUUAUACUGUUCUGUCAGUUUGUGUGUUUUGUAUCUUAAUAAUCUUGUUUGUAUGUUUCUUGUAUACACUUUGUGAUGUUCUGUCAUGAAUGGUUUUUAUUUCCUUUAUUUUCUGCAAACAAAUUGUCAUAAGGGAAUCUAAAAAAAUACAAUUUUGAUAUCAUUUGAUUUGAUUAUCAUUAUUUCUUUUCCCCAUAUCAGUCUGCAGUGCUCACAUAAUCACUAAUAAUCCCAUAGAGGUUUAUAUUAUUUGCAUUGCAUUGUUGUAAUGACUGAAAUGUAUGGUACCAGCACACUAUUGGCAGCAUUCCUAAAAUUAUUUGUUUUGGGACAAUAUGUAAACUGUACAGAUAUGAGAGGUGUUCGGUAAAAUGCUACCACUUGGUUUAGCAUUAUAGAUCAGCACCUUUUGGGAGCAUCAGGUGUGCAUCUUUAUUGGGGCAUGUGUGUGUGGGUGUGCGUGCAUGCGUGCUUCUGUGUAGGGGUGUGUACGUGUGUGUGUGCUUGUGUGUGUGUGUGUGUGCUUGUUUGUGUGUGUGUGUGUGUGUGUGUGUGCGUGACAUGGCUAAUUGUUGCAGCCUUGCCCUGUUGUGAUGCGGUUCCUGUUACCAUUCUUAGUCUGCUCCUAAACAGGCAGAUCUCCAGGAAUAGGGUUGGGAAUGAUUGGUCUAUUGCUUUACGCUAACAAAUAAUUAAAGAAAGUUCCUUUUGAAUUAUUUGAUUUUAGUUACAUCUUUAUAUGCUCUUGAAUGACAGCUGAAAACGUUUCCUGCACUGCUAUUAGAAACAUUUUACUUUGGUGCAUACUGCAAAUGAACUAACUGAGCCAGGAUAUUUGAUGGGAAAAAAUCCAGCAUACACACUGACCUUCCAGGGAUGGUUUUGCCAGCUGCUGUGAACCCAAUUCCCCAUCCAUGCAACCGGUACCAGAUUUGGGUCUUUGGGUAUCCACAUGCACACUUCUUCUUGACCAGUUAGUCACAUGUCCUGAUCUUAAUCCAAAGCAAAGGGACUAUCGGGGCAAGACUAGUAAUAUUACUUUUGCAGGGUCAGAGGCCAAAUCCUUCAUCCUCUGUCAAAGUCAACUCCCAGAGGGACUGAUGUGCUGGA